AUGUCAUUGAAUAUGUCUGACGGCCUUGAGAGCAAGCCGCGCACGGGCGUGAGGAAUAUGUUUCGUGACUUCAUGGGACGGAUAUCUGGGCGUGCAUCGCCUGUCCCUGUUCUCCCAGCAACAGAUCCUGACCAUACCAGUGCCACGCCCGACAUAUCAUCGGAAGACUUCAUUAAACCACAGACCUCGCUAGGCAUGCGGCCGGUCUCGAUAGAUCAUCUCACGCCUGAUGAGCUUCCUGUGCAUUCUGAGAUCAACCUUGAUCAAGGUGCUCCCCAAGACAUCGCCUUCCUCGCGGAAACCGGACAUCAAGCUGAGCCUCAAUACGGCCCCGCUGUUGUAGAGACAAUCGAAGAAACCCUACGUUCCCCGCUGCAUGCGCUGAUCGUUGGCAUUGAUCGAUACUCAUCUCGCGCCAUAGACGACCUCAGCGGGGCCGUCUCCGACUCCGAAUCCAUGUACAACUACCUGCGCACUGAGCUCCAAGUCCCCGAGCGCCAGAUCGUGAUUCUACGGAACGAGGCUGCGACCCGCCACGCCAUCAUUCGGAACAUCCAGGCGUUUGCGAUGUGGGCUACGAUUCGCGAUGGCGACCCCAUUCUGAUAUACUUUGCUGGGCACGGCUCUACCACAGACGCGCCGGAGGAAUGGCAUGUAGGAAGGCAGACGGUUUCGCUCAUCGUUCCACACGAUGCAACUGGUUGCUUGCUUGAUACUGCGGACAAUCUGGUCAAACACGCCAUCCCGGAUCGAACUAUCGGUGCGCUCUUGCACGAUCUUGCGGAGGGUAAAAAUAGAGUCAGCAACAAUAUAACAGUCGUCUUUGACUGCUGUCAUUCUGGUUCUGGCACUCGCGGCGCUAGCGUGCUUCGACCUCGAGGUGUCAACUUGAAGUCACAUCGGAUACCCGCGAACUUAGAUCAACAGAUAUGGGCAUCUGCCCCGCAAGGUCGCGACCUCAAAGCCGCCGCCGGUUUCGCGAAUGCUGGCACUAGAUCCCACGUCUUGCUCGCAGCCUGUCGAGAGACCGAGAUUGCUUAUGAGGGCGAUAGCCGCGGUCUAUUCACUCAAGCGCUCGUCGGCACUCUCAAGAAAGUUCCUACAGACAAGACGUCGUACAGCGAUUUGAUCAGGUGUAUUCCAGACAUUCCCAAUCAAGCUCCACAAUGUGAGGGCUAUUAUACAGACCGACCGCUUUUUAACGCACUCGUGCCCUGCAAACAGACUGCAUUGUACGACGCCAAGGUGGAGGGAGAUGGCAGCGUUACUGUCGCUGCUGGCUCCAUACAUGGGGUGGAAGACGACAGCGAGUUCGCUUUCUACAAGUCCGCGGAACCCCAGGCCGGGGUCAAGCCAUUGGCGAUAAUGAAACCUGAGACUGCGGAGAAGGUCAAGGGGUUCGCCACUCAGCUACCUCCACAUACCUUGCUUCCCUCUGAGGGACAGCCAUACUUUGCAUCUGUGAGCUCCACUGGAGAGGCCGAGGCUCUUCGCCUCUAUUUCUCGCCGUCGGACGCGGGGGUCGACGUCAUCAAGGACGCCGUCGAGAAGGCGAUCCAGCACCGGCGUGUCCACGGCGGGGGGACUAUCAUCCUCGAGGACGUGGAGGAAGAUGCACAUCUCAGUGUCAGGACGAGCGACGGCUGCGCCAUGUACACCACGAACGAACCUCUAAUCACAGAACUGGUGCCGUCGUUGAAGUUCGGGACUACGAAGGUGGAUUCGCGCGAGAUUCAGCUUGUCCUGAUCGCUGCUGUUCACUUCUUUUGGCAUCUAUUUCGCUCACCCAAGACGAGCGAACUGGUGGAGCACGUCGAUGUCAAGUUCUUCAAACUCAAGGAGGAUGUUCAUGGGGAGCUUGGACCUGAUCGCAACCGUCCUUGGGCUGUGAGCGACUCGGACGGGGACCUUUUCGAAUCAGGCGUUGUGGAAGUCGUCGCAGACGACGACACGCCGUAUGGUAUGGCAAUCAAGAACCAUUCCGCCUCUGCUCUUCAUGUCUGGGCGUUCUACUUUGAUUGCAGCACUUUGUCUGUUUCUGAAUACUACAAGCCAUCAAUCACGGGACGCGACGGUGCUGAGCCGUCCCUUCAGGAGAAUGGCGAGCUGACUAUCGGAUAUGGCGCUGGCGGUGCAGUCCCGUAUACAUUCACGCUCGGCGAGAAUCAGGACACGGACCUCGGCUUUAUCAAGCUCUUCAUCUCAACUGAGCCUGUGGACCUCUCGAGGAUCGAACACAUUUCGCCAUUCGGCCGACGCGCACGCAACAUCAAGAGGAAAUCGCGCCCACCUGCGCCCGUAUGGGAUACACUCACGAUUCCCGUCAUACAACGCAAACCUGAAGUACCCAAGGCGCCAUCAACAACAGUCGACUCUACAUGA